AUGGAUCUACUCGAUGUCCUUGGCAUGUCUGAACCUAUGAGUGUCAACACUCUUGCUUCCGAUGUGACUAAGGCUGGCCGCUCUCAAAAAUCUCCCGUGCCCUAUGAGACCGACGUUCCCGCCCGCACCGUAUUUGGGCGCCGCCACUCGAAUUCCCUUGCGGCUUGGCAGAUCUCAGAUACAACGGAUACAAUGACGGCGGUAGCAGACUACAACAAGAAGGACAAGGUCAAUAAGGACGACGCGCGCAAGGACUGCACCUGGAAGCCGGUGUUUGAGCACAAGAAGGACUUCAAAGGAUGGAACCGGGGCAAGUACGCCCCUACGUCCGCAAGGAUGUUAAGGACCUGUACGAGAUCGAAGGACGGCGACUGUAACUCUUACCAGGUUUACUCCGAAGAUGAAGUAGAGGAGAAGUUCAUCUGCGAGCUCUUCGAAGAGAUUAUAGACAAAUCCAAACACUACUUCAACGUCAAUCUGCUGAUAAUGCUCUCGGGUCGUUAUUCAGAAAUUUGCUUAGAAAUUCUCCGCAUUGACCGGUAG